UAUAUCCUAUUACCAUGAUGGAUAGGUUGCCAAUCGAACAGCAAAAACUGAUCGAAGAAAAACGCCUAAAAGCUCUAGCUCGACGAAAUGUUACCAGAACAGCCCAACUAAUACAGUCAACUGUACGGGUGGAACAACGAGCAGGCAGCUCCAAACUCGGCAAUGGGUUUUUUCAUAAUGGUGAGGAUGUUGUGCCAAAGAAAUUUAAGGAAACACCUGAAGAUCUAGUUCAUUGCAUCGAGUGCAAUAAAAUGUUUCUCGAGUCUGUAGCACGGGUAAAGUUUAACUUGAACGUUUGUGAUGAGUGCAGGAAAUCCAGUGAACGCUAUAGGUUCGUGCCUCGUACAGAAGCGAAGACGCUCUUCAAACUAAAAGACUGCGAUAUUGAUUCACGUCCUCCUCCAUUGCCAUUCCUCUCCAAACCAAACCCACACAGAGAACACGGUGCCCCUAUGAAACUCUAUUUGUUUAGCCAACUGGAGGAACGGGCCCUUCUCGUGUGGGGAAGUCUAGAAACCCUUGAAAAGGAACGUAAUAAACGUAGGCAAGACGCUAACAAACGAAGAAAAGCAGGAUUUGAAAAGAAGAUUAAAGAUAUGCGACGUGAAAUGAGAGCACAAUCCUAUCAACCUCCAACAAGUCAUGAACACACUUACGGAACGGAGCAGGCGGACCCCGAUCUAGAGGAUGGAUAUUUCAAAGAAUGUACUUCUUGCGGACAUCGUCUCAGUUACGAAAAGAUGUAACUGACGAUGUCAUUAUUAUCCAUUAAGAUUUAUGUGACUACCAUGAUUCGAUCGUAGUUAUAUUUUGAUUACCCAACAAAACUAAAAAUCAAAAAAGCAAUCAGUGUUUCUGCAUGAAAACUUCCUUUACUUAACCUAAAUUUCCUAGGACUGUCUCCCUUUUUCCAGUCGAAUCUAAUAUUGAAACGUUAGAAAUGUCUGAGAUGAAUGACUGUAUUAACGGCAGCAAAUAAUUUCUUGAUAGCCGGCUAAAGAAGGAAACACUUUUUUUUUAUAAGCUCAGUCUUAUUUAUAACUUUAAUAGACUUUAAAUAGUCUUAGCAAAUAUUAAUUUAUAACAUUUUAUUGUGUUACAAAAAUAUAUAGUCAGUUAUAUGUGUAAUAGUUUUGGCUAUAGGUAGUUAGUGUUUUUCUUUAAUAUACUGCAGAGAAAAAUCACAUUACCUUAUCGUAAUGUAAGUAAAAAAAGCGGUGUAGUAAAACGCAUGUAAGAAUGUUAAAAAAACAUGCAAAUAUUAAUCAAACUCAUUAUGAUUUGAAUCGGUACUCUUUAGUAAAUAGCUAUGUUGCUAUAUUUUUAUGUGCUAAACUCUUACAAAUUAAUUGUCUAAAAAUAAAUUAAAAAUAUUUAUUUAAAGAAAUCACUAUUACGAACGGAAUUAGACAAUUUUACCUCAAUAAAUACUGUUUCAAGCUAGCAGAUUUUCUAGAAAAAGUUACCAAUUGUCCGAUAAAAAAUUAUUCAUAAGAAAAUUCUGUGAAUAUUUUCGGUAUACUGGGACUAGCACAGUCUACGGGUUUAAUUUAGCAAAGAACAUGUGAAAUAAACAUUUUUUUGGAGUUAGCUUAUGUGAAUCAAGUUAACUUUUUUAAUUCCUCUGGAUCCGUUUAUUAGGUGUAUGUGUUUUCCUAAAUAUCCAUACGGAAAUAUAAUGCACAAAAAUAAAGAAGAAGAACUCACUUAGCCGUUUCUGUCUGAUAUACAAGACCUACUUAGUUAGGUAAAUACUUGCGUUGCCAAAUUUAACACUAAACUUGCAACCUAUAGUUACUACUGGUAACACCUUUUACCAGAGAA